GGCGGCGGCGGCGGCGGCCGUGGUGUCCGCGCCCCUCGCCAGCGCCCCCAUGGAGUCCCAGGGUCGCCAGAGCCUGGGCUCCGCAGUGGGACAGGCCUCGGCGACCCCGGAGCCGCGGCAGGAGCCGAGGACAGGGACCGAGGCGGGGGCUGCUGGCCCCGGCGCCGUGCGAGCGCGCCGCUUCCUGCUGUGUCUCUACCUGGUGGGCUUCCUGGAUUUGUUUGGUGUAAGCAUGGUCAUCCCUUUAUUGAGCCGUCAUGUCAGGUCUCUUGGAGCAAGUCCAACAGUUGCUGGAAUAGUAGGCUCCUCCUAUGGCAUCUUGCAAUUCUUUUCUAGCACAUUUGUGGGCUGCUGGAGCGAUGUGGUCGGAAGACGGUCUUCCUUGCUGGCGUGCAUUCUACUCAGUGCCCUGGGUUACCUCCUUCUUGGAGGAGCCACCAACGUGUUCCUGUUUGUCCUGGCAAGAGUCCCUGCAGGUAUUUUUAAACACACCCUUUCCAUCUCGAGGGCUCUGCUCUCUGACCUGGUUACAGAGAAGGAACGGCCACUUGUGAUUGGACAGUUCAAUACAGCAUCCAGUGUGGGCUUCAUUUUGGGCCCCGUGGUUGGCGGAUAUCUCACGGAAUUAGAUGGCGGAUUUUAUCUGACAGCCUUUGUCUGUUUUUCCAUCUUCAUUCUCAAUGCCGGUCUCGUGUGGCUGUUUCCGUGGCAUGGAGCCCAGGUCGGCGGGACAAAGGGCGGCCAGCGAUCGGGCGAGAGCCACGCGGUUUCUGGAAAGACAGUCUGCAGAGAAGCGCGGGCAGCGGCCCCCGCCCACGGGGCCCCGACGUGGGACGAGGCUGCGCGGCCGCCCUGGGGCCAAGUCGUGCGGGCCUUGCGCGACAUGAGGAGCCUGGUAUCUUCUGCCAUGUGGGACAUAUACCUGGUGCGCCUGCUGAUGGCCGUGGCGGUCAUGCUGUACCACAGCAAUUUCGCCUUGGCCCUGGAGGAGCGCUUCGGGGUGCGGCCCAGGACGACGGGCUACCUAAUCGGCUGCAGCAGCGGCCUGGGGGCGCUGGCCGGCCUGGCGCUGGGGCCGCUGCUGCGGCUGUGCCGCCACGACACCCGCGCGCUGCUGCUGCGCUCGGGCGCGCUCACCGGCGCGCUGCUGGGGCUCUUCGCCGCCGCGCGCACCCUGGGCCUGGCCGCCGCCUGCGCCGCGCUGCUGGCUUUCUCCAGCGCCGUGGGCAGGACCUGCGUCACCGACCUGCAGCUGGCCGUGGGCGGCGCCCGGGCCGGAGGCGCCCUCCUCGGCCUGGGGCAGUCGGUGACGGCGGUGGCCCGCGUCAUCGCCCCGCUCCUCUCGGGACUCGCCCAGGAGGUGAGCCCUUGCGGCCCCCCCAGUCUGGGGGCUGCGUUGGCCUUAGCGGCUGUGUGCGUUAUGUCACUAAACAAACCUCGCCUUAGCAGCGGCAGGAGUGACACAUUAAAAAGUGAGUAGGAAGCAGCAGAGGUGUGAGGUCAGGGACAGAGGCCAGACGAGGGUGGGUGGUGCGAGUGCAACUUGGGUUAUGCACAGGUGGUGUGCUGUGGUGCUGCGCAGCCCCGUGGGCCCUCGACUGGGCUCAGUGGCCCCUGUGUUAUGGGCAGAAGUCACAGUGCACGUGGGAAGGCCGAGGUGGGAGCGAAGCUUUCCCAAAGGGGGGCUCCUGCACGUUUACCCGACAGCCUCCUCAUCCCUGCUGGGCGAGUGAAGUUAAAAGGUUCAAGGGCAGAAAAGCCACUAGCUACAGGAUGGGGAAAUGGCUGUGGAAUAACAGAAGAGGACAAGCAGAAGAAUGGUGGAAACCACAGGCGUUUCCCUGCUGGAAAAUAUACGGCAUGUUAACCAGACACUGACCGUGGACCACUGGAGCAUGGGCUUGCCGCUAAAUUCCAUGAGCCACGACAGAGCUUUUCUGCUAUCAGAAUCCUAGAGACUGAAGAGUUCCUUUGUUGGAACCAGCCUGUUGAAGCUUUCUCAACACCGGUUAAAACUCAAGUGCUGACCCCACCCUGGAGACUGAGGCAGGGGGCCUGGGUGAGGAGGAGAAAUCUGUGGUUCUCAGCAACCACCACAGACAGUUCCUCACGGAGGUAGAAAAAGGAUCAGAGUGACACAUGCUGGUUUCGAAUAAAGUAACAGCCAGAGACUUGGCUGUUUUUAUUAAUAGCUGACUAAAUUUGGACUUGAAAUUGUUUGUAAUCACAGUGUCUUAGUUACCCCUUUCCCGGUUCUCAGCACCUGUCCUCUGACAGCACAAACAGAUAUCUGGGCCUACUCCGUGUUCGUUGCCUCUGAGCCAGCUGAGCUAGCUUCCAGUCGGACUGCAUCCACCUGGACAUGGGUUGUGCUGGUCUCUUCCUGGAAGCCUGCAUUCCCCUCAGGCUGCAUCCUGACAGUAGAACCCGGUGGUGAAACCUAAGUGCCGGAAUGCUUUUAAGAUGAAUGUUUUAUGCAGAGUGGCAUGCCAUAUUGGAGGAACUGGGUUCUGCCAUGUCUUGUGUUAAAAAUCAUUCCCUUUAUCUCAUAAUUUCAUGUCUGAAAAGAGAAAAGCUAUGUUGAUGUGCAGGGAAAUGUUUCGGUGUGCCUUCUUCUAGGUCUUCCUUCAAGUGCUAUUCCCAAAGCGGCGGCCAAGGGCCCAGGUGAGAAGCCCACAGGGAGGGUUAGCAUAGACUAGCAGGAAGGCAUGUCCCAGGCUCGUGGACCACUGGGGCUGCAUCAUUUAUUAAUACAAAUUAUUUAGGAGCUCCCUCUUUUCCUCGCAUGCUGUCUAAAUUCACAUUCCUUUUCAUCCUCUUAAUUAGUCCACUAAGAUAAUAUGCAACCCAACACACAUAUAACUGUAAAAGGUAUUUGAAUAAACUAAUUUGUUAUAACUUUAAUAUUUAUUGUUUGUACAGC